CGGGGCGGGGCCCCUUCCAGGGCACUUGGGCCGGGCCAGGGCUGAAGCUCUCACCUCCGAGUCCAGUCGCCCGCUAGUCUAGGUUCCGACGUACCUGGGCUUUCCCCGCAGAUCCCCGCCCCCCUUUCCCGUGCAUGGAUCCCACGGGCAUGGGCUGGCCCCUGUGGGCUCUGCUCUUCGCCCUGGGGCUGAGUUCCCCAGGGGGUGCUCGUGCCCGGGAUGCUGUGACGCCGGCCCAGGUGCCCACGCUGCUGCCCCUGGUUAGGGCGCUUCUGCGAGAAGGCCCCCGGAGACCCCCCCGACGGCAGUUGAGCCUGGAGCGUCCAGUGCAGUACAUGCUGGAGCUGUACCGGCAGAACGCGGACUCGCAGGGGCACCCACGCGGGAACCGUGUCUUCCACGCCAACGUCGUGAGGCUGGUGAGGCCGGCGGCCCGCCGCGUGCUGCCCCGCCAAGGGCCUUGGUAUGUACAAACCCUUGACUUCCUGCUUCAACCAAACCACAAAGUGGACCAGCUGUUGAGGGCUGCCAUUACCUACUGCCCUAGUCUCCACCUGUCUCGCUCCCAUUUUUCCUGCCAUGUGGAACCCUGGGCCCCUAAGAGUACCAUCCUGCCGGGAGGAGGUUCGCCGGGUCUCAUUUUGCCCGAGACCUGGGCAGAGAUGGAUCUCACUAAUUACAUUCAGCGUCAGGUCUGGCCUCAGAAGGGGAGAGGGUUCCUUCGUAUCCAGGUCAGGUGUCAGCAGCGAGAAAAGACGAAGGUUGGCCUUGGGUGGAGGCAGGCGUUGACCUCCGACACUGCUUUUCUGGUUCUGUAUCUCAAUAAUACCUUUAAGAACGUGCCACGAAUCAGGCCGCAAGAAUCUCUGGUGGAGGAGCCCGGGGGAACGGAUCCCCUGGCCCUGGCCCUGACCCGGCAGGUCCGUCAGGUGGGCCCCGUGAGAUCCGAGAUGCCUCGCCACUCACAGGAGCAGACCCACUGUGCUCUCUACCCUUUCCAGGUCAGCUUCUCCCAGCUGGGCUGGGACAGCUGGGUCAUCGCCCCCCGUCGGUACAACCUCAACUACUGCAAGGGGAUCUGCCCGUGGAUGUUACACUCUGGCUUUCACUCACCCAACCAUGCCAUCAUUCAGAACCUUAUCAACACCAUGGUGGACAGUAAUGUCCCCCGGUCCUCGUGCGUACCUUACAAGUACACGCCCAUCAGCAUCCUGCUGAUUGAGGCCAGCGGCAGCAUCCUGUACAAAGAAUUUGAAGACAUGAUUGCAGAGUCCUGUACCUGCAGGUGAGCAUGGAAGCCAGGAGGUUUCUGCUUGCUCGCUGCCAUCGAUCUCAAAAAGCAGUGCUCCCUUCACUGAUCCCUACACUCUGUUCUAGUCCUCACCCUGCCAAGCACAGUCAUUCUUUUUGUACUUUUUCUGCUCACCUCACUUAUAUUCCCACAGUGGAUUUAAAAACUAAACCCAGGCUUGAGCCUGGCUAAUACCUAAUAUCUUGGGACACAAUUUCUUUGGGAGUCCUGCUUCCUUCUGCUUCCUGUUGAUGAGAAGCCAUCUUGCCUGAAGAAUCCUCGGGACUGGUACGGUAGAAGUAGCUGGGCAACGCAACCCAGAGCUCCAGAGUCAAAGCCACCAGAUUGUCAGGAAUACAGAUCUGGAGAUCUGGUGAGGGGAUGAGGCGGCAAGUCCAUGUUUUUAAGCACCCCCACCUCCAGGAGAGGAGGUGGGGUUCUUGGCACUCAUGGCUCUUGUAUCUGUUCUGGACCAUCGGCUUUUGCUUCGGCCCUGGCUGGGCCUUCAGAGCCCCAUUAUUCCUUAGCUGCUGCCUGGGCCCUCGUGGUCCUUUCCUUUCUUAACCAGGAUGUAGAAAGAAGUGGGCUGAGGGGAGAAGUCCUGGUUUGACUUGAGAUUGAUUGUUUAUAGGGUUCACUUCUCUCCAAUCCAUGUCUACUUGGGGCGGGGGGGACGAGGGAAAGAGCAGUUCGAUUGCUUCCUUGCAUCUUUUUUUAAAAAAAAUGUCUAGGACAGAAAGCUUCAUUGAAUAUGUUAUGUGCAAGUAAAGUCAGCCCACUGGGUGCUAGCCUUGGGGGAAGGGCGGAGGGCCCAGAGGCGGGCCGCUUCAGGAUAGGGUGGAAGGCCCACUAUGCUAGGCUGGGGUGGAGGGCAUGCAGUCAUGCAGACUUGCUGUAAAUUUUAAACUUUAUUAAGGCCGAGGGCCAUGGCUGUAACCCUGGCACUUCCUUAAAGUUCUGAUAUCACUUGGGCUGGGAUGGAAGGGCCCGCUUGAAGCGGGGCCCUUGUAUACAAGGCCCCGUCUCAAGCAGGCCCCUUGUACACAGAUUGGGGAGGAGAGCCAGGGGGAGGCACUGCCUGUAACAGGCGGCUUAUUUUCUGACCGUAAAUAUUCAAAGAAGAGUUUUCUAUUUUUAUGCUGUAAUAAAUUAACUUUUGCAUGAGAAAA